GCAACGAGAAUUCUAGUCUCAGUGGUCGUUAUCACACAGGACUGUGGACCGGAAAGCGUUGGUCCUGCUGUCGGAUGUCAACGCGUUCUGCAGAGGGCUGUGACACGUGCAGUAACUGGUCCACCAAGUCAUCAAAUUUGAUGACCUCCGCCAACAUCACAACGGAUCGUAUUCAACAGCAGAACGUCGCCGAGGCGAACAAUAACCCUCUCGUCCAAUCGUCUCAGGCACGGUCCAAUAUCGCUACACCUUCCACACCAAUCAUGCCAGGCGGUGCACCGGGUACGCCAUCAUCAAAAGCUAAGGAGAAACUGAUGCUGCGAACGAAAGUUGUGGUGGCGCUUUAUCCCUUUCGAGCCAUCGAGGGGGGCGAUUUGUCUCUUGUAAAGGGCAAGGAGUAUGAAGUUCUCGAUGAUUCUCAGGAACAUUGGUGGAAGGUUAAAGAUGAAACUGGCUCCAUUGGAUAUAUACCAAGCAAUUACGUAAAGGAAAAAGAACUUCUUGGACUGCAGAAAUAUGAGUGGUACGUUGGUGAUAUGUCGCGACAACGAGCAGAGUCUCUGCUGAAACAGGAGGAGAAAGAGGGUUGUUUCGUUGUCCGUAAUUCCUCUACUAAAGGCCUCUACACGCUCUCGCUCUACACGAAAAUUCCGCACCCUCAUGUUAAACAUUACCACAUCAAACAAAACACGAGAGGAGAAUUUUACCUGUCAGAAAAGCAUUGUUGUGGCUCCAUCCCUGACCUUGUCAAUUAUCACAAGCACAACAGUGGUGGACUUGCCAGUAGGUUGAAAGCCAGCCCUUGUGAUCGACCAGUUCCAGCCACUGCUGGUCUUAGUCAUGAUAAAUGGGAAAUCGAUCCUGCCGAGCUUCAUUUAUUGGAAGAACUCGGUUCUGGCCAGUUUGGUGUCGUGCGAAGAGGAAUCUGGCGUGGAUCGAUUGAUGUUGCUGUGAAAAUGAUGAAAGAAGGCACGAUGUCUGAAGAUGAUUUUAUUGAAGAAGCUAAAGUGAUGACGAAACUGCAGCACCAAAACCUAGUCCAACUCUACGGUGUUUGCAGUAAAGAUAGACCAAUUUACAUAGUCACCGAGUACAUGCGACACGGAUCUCUUCUCAACUACCUCCGUCGAAACGAAGCUACCCUUGGACCGAAUGUCGGACUUUUAUUGGAUAUGUGUAUACAGGUUUGCAAGGGAAUGGCUUACUUAGAAAGGCACAAUUACAUCCACAGGGACCUCGCGGCACGAAACUGCCUCGUUGGCUCUGAAAACGUAGUCAAAGUAGCUGAUUUUGGUCUUGCCAGGUACGUCCUGGAUGAUCAAUAUACUAGCAGCGGUGGUACCAAAUUUCCAAUAAAAUGGGCCCCGCCCGAAGUAUUGAAUUACACGCGAUUUAGUUCCAAAUCCGACGUUUGGGCCUAUGGAGUCCUGAUGUGGGAGGUUUUUACUUGUGGUAAAAUGCCUUAUGGAAGACUGAAGAACACCGAAGUUGUUGAGCGAGUUCAACGAGGCAUCAUUCUAGAAAAACCUAAGGCUUGCUACAAAGAAGUUUACGAGGUAAUGCGAAUUUGCUGGGCCCACAGUCCGGAAGUUCGACCAUCUUUCCGCCUGCUGAAGGACCAACUGAUUAACGUAUCGCAGGGUCUCCUCAAUGAUUGACUCAGCCUCCUGCACUGUUUGCGUCUCUCUUCGCCUACAGGUCGAUCGAUUGGGAUUUCAAGAUCAAGAUCGCCUCUCCUGAGCGAUAAUCCCUCGAGCGCCUCCAGGUCCAGCGGCUCCUUCAGUUCAGCAACUCUACCAGCUUCGCUUCGAGUGCGAAGCAACAGCAAAUAUCUUCCGCCGGUGGAAGAAUUACGCAAUCUCUCGAUAACUCUCAAGGAUUAUUCCCAAGAGGCGAGCUCGUCCGAUCGGGUCAGCCUCUCGUCAUCGAGCACCGUUGGCUGUCCCGGAAAUCAACCCUCCUCCUCCUCCUCCUCAAAUUCCCCGAAAGUCUGUGACAUUUGCAGCUCCUACGGGCGAACCUGGAUCGAGAUUUGCAAAAUAAUUCGUGCCGCGAAAGGCAACUGAAUAGAACUUUUAUGAGUUAAUUCGUAUUCUACCAAAACGUGACUACUUUCUUUUGUAUCUGACGAGUAACUGAACAAAAAGUACAGUAGAUUAGUGGCUCUUUUUUAAGUUUAGGGAAUACUGAGGGUGCUACAUACGACGCACGUUUGUUGCAAGUCAAGUAUCAUUAAAUCACUUUCUACCACUCGAA